CGGUGGCCGGCGCGGUAAAUGUCCAUCCAUCGGCGGUGCCGUACGUACUGCGAGCAUCGGCAGCGGCCAGAACACUAGUAUAAUCGGCGGUGACGGGGACAUGGCGUACUUCGCUGUUGCCUUUAAAUAAGUUCGGUCGAGGGGGGGCCUCUAGACCAGACCGGACAGGACUCCAGAGCCCUCGUGAAGAAAACGAAGAGGCGUAGCCUUUCUAGCUGAGCUACCUCGAGGAAAUGGCCGCGGCGGCGGGCAUGGUCAUGCUGCUGGCGGCGCUGGCGAUACUCGCGCCGGCGGCGCGAGGGCUCGACCGCGCCGAGUUCCCGCCGGGGUUCCUCUUCGGCGCCGCCACGUCUUCAUACCAGAUCGAGGGCGCGUACCUGGAGGACGGCAAGGGCCUCAGCAACUGGGAUGUCUUCACCCACACGCAGUCUAGGGAAAUCAACGAUGGACGCAACGGGGACGUGGCGGACGACCACUACCAUCGUUACAUGGAAGACGUGGAGAUCAUGCAUAAUCUGGGUGUCAACUCUUACAGGUUCUCCAUCUCAUGGGCGAGAGUCCUCCCAAGAGGCCGGCUUGGAGGCGUAAACUCGGCUGCGAUCGCUUUCUACAACCGGCUGAUCGCCGCGCUCCUUGAGAAAGGGAUAGAGCCGUUCGUGACGCUGCACCACUUCGAUCUGCCGCACGAGCUGGAGACCCGGCACGGCGGUUGGCUGGGCGCCGGAAUCAGGGAGGAGUUCGGCUACUACGCGGACGUGUGCUUCAAGGCGUUCGGCGACCGGGUCAAGUUCUGGACGACGCUCAACGAGCCCAACCUCUUCACCAAGUUCGCCUACAUGCUGGGCCAGUACCCGCCCAAGCACUGCUCCCCGCCGUUCGGGACCUGCAACAGCGGCGACUCUCGCCGGGAGCCCUACGUCGCCGCCCAUAACAUGAUCAUGUCGCACGCCGCCGCCGUCGACAACUACAAGAGGAACUAUCAGGCAACCCAAGGCGGAUCGAUCGGGAUCGUGAUCGCGAUGAAAUGGUAUGAGCCGCUCACCAACUCCACGGAGGAUAUCCUGGCUGCAAGACGGGCGUUGGCCUUUGAGGUGGACUGGUUUCUUGAUCCGAUAUUCUUUGGCGACUAUCCCAGAGAAAUGCGGGAGAUGCUGUCAUCAAACUUACCAACGUUCACCUCCGAGGAGAAGAGGUUAUUGCAGAGCAAGGCGGAUUUUAUCGGGGUAAACCAUUACACGGCGAUCUACGCCAAGGAUUGCAUCGCUUCUCCGUGCAACAUUAAGAGUUACGAGGGAAAUGCGCUGGUCCAAGCUGUAGGUGAACGAGACGGCGUGGCAAUCGGAAGACCAACUGCAUUCCCUGGUUACUAUGAUGUUCCCGAAGGAAUGGAGCUGAUCGUCAAGUAUGUCAACCAGAGAUACGAGAACGCGCCGGUGUACGUUACUGAAAAUGGCUUCUCGCAGUUCAGCGAUAACAGUAUGGAGGACUUGAUCAAUGACGUUGGAAGAGUGAAUUACCUGCAGGGUUAUCUGACGUGCAUCUCUUCAGCAGUCAGGAGAGGAGCAAACGUGCGUGGCUACUUCGUGUGGAGCCUCAUGGACAACUUCGAGUGGGGUUUUGGCUUCACCGUGAGGUUCGGGCUGUAUUACGUGGAUUUUGAAACGCAGGAGAGGACUCCAAAGAUGUCGGGGAAGUGGUACCGAGACUUUCUCACGGGCUCUGUGCUGGUCGAUCAAGCGCAGACGCUGAGAGCAGACUCAUGAUACCCGCAGCCAUUCUACUGUCAGAUCCAGUUACCCGUGAAAAGAAACUAUCGGAUCCAGUGAAUAUAGAUACUAUAGAUACUGCUUUUUCUUAUAGGAAAAUAUUAGGUACUGCUAGUCUGCUACACAUCGUUCCAACACUUCCCUAAUGGCGUCUUUGCCUAGUAGAAACGUAAAUUUAGGGUGAUGUGAAGGUAUAUGUACUACGGACUUCAGGUUGUCAUCACUUGUUUUUUAAGAUGCCGAGGUUGUCACCACUUUA